AUGCGGCGGCUUAGCGACGCAGGGGAGGCCACGCCACUGGUCACCCCCGCGGCGGCCGCGGCGGCGGGCGGCACCUUGGCGUCGCCGGCCGCUGCGGGGAGCAACGCCAACUUCGACGCCAACAUGGUGAUCAUCCUCGCAGCGCUGCUCUGCGUUCUCAUAUUCGCGCUCGGGCUCAACUCCGUCAUCCGCUGCGUGCUCCACUGCGGCCGCCGGCUCGCGCCGUCGUCGAGCCUCGCGGCCAGCGCCACCGCGGCGAGGACGACGACAUCCGUUCACGUGCAGGCGGGGCUCAAGAGGAAGGCGCUGAGGAAGAUACCCGUGGAGGUGUACGGCGGGGCCAAGUCGUCCGGUUGCGCCCUCCCGGCCACGGCCACGGAGUGCGCCAUCUGCCUCGGCGAGUUCGCCGACGGCGAGAAGGUGCGCGUGCUCCCUCGGUGCCACCACGGAUUCCACGUCCGCUGCAUCGACAUGUGGCUCGCCACGCACACUUCCUGCCCCAACUGCCGGGCCUCGCUCGCUGAGGACGGCGCCGCCGCUGCCAACGGCGGAGGGAGAUAG